GCGCGCAGGGGACGCCUGUCAAUUGCACUAUUAAAAGAUGGAUUUUCCCAUUGAAGAAGUUAGAAUUAUCAAUAAGAUUGUAUGCGGCUCGCUCCUAGGCUUCUAGCUCCGUAGAUUUCUAUACACUUUGUCAACUACCGUAUGGCAAACACCAAUUAAAACCAGGUUCUUUGAUUAUUAUACACGUACGGCACUUAAAACCUGCCAAAAUGCCAUCGCAGUCCGGAUUAUCAUUUCCUAUCGCUAGGACAAGCCAAAGGCGAUCGUCUAUUGCGUCGGAGAAAACUCUAGUGGGUACGCCAAAUAAAAAGGAGGAUAUUUCGGAAGGGAAAUAUGAAGGCAGUAUCAAUGAUUACCGCAAGUCAUCCUCCGACGCUGAAGCUUUGGCCGAUAGCAGUUCGCUCCCCAGUAAGAUGGGUAAAGCUAUGGAGAAAGUCAAGUCGAAAUUAUGGGAGAAAAACACUACUUCUAAGCCUAGGGGUAGCCGGCUUGCACGCGAUGGGUAUCCGGACACCCAGCUCAUGUGGCAAGCAUUGGCUGAGACGAGACUUUGAGCGAAAGGAUUGAAAUGCUUAUAUUUCACCUAGGGAGUUCGUGAUUGGAUCCAUUCGGUAGUGUGGUGUGGCAGCCAAUUAAUUAGUGGAUAGAAUUCGGUAUGGUUCCAGAUGCCAUUUGAUCGCAAGCGGUAUACCUACCCUAAGGGUAUGAAUUCAUAUCGGCGCUAUAGGUAAUAACAAGUGGGAAUCACCGGGAUCAAGGGACUUGGAUAUUAAGGAGUAACAAUACCUCCUGUUAGGUAUCAAAGGCGCUAUGGGUGAAAGUUAGCUAAUAACUCUCAAGUGAAGCCGAGAUAAAGUCUGGUUCUUCAUAAUCUUGGUACAACGGAGACAAUCUUUAUAGGAGGUAAUCUGCUAGGUUAGGCGAUUUAUUCGAGAUUGAUAAUGCAUCUCUUAAUAAUAUAAAUGGAUUC